AUGAAUAUCCAUAAAUUUGUUGGCUCACCUGCCGGUGGUACAGUGCCAGGAAGUCACCGCCAGCGGGCUGCGAAAGCCUGCUUUUCGUGUGCUGAAUCGAAACUACGUUGUGAAGGAGGAAAACCGUGCAGGCGAUGUGUCGAACGAGGUUUGCCCUGCCGUUUCCCUCAAAAAUCCCGCCCAGAACAGAGCACGCGUCAGAAGUCACCAUGUUCAAUCGACAAGUCGCAGCCUACCACACCACCCUCUGAAAUAGUUGUGUUUUCAGGUUCAACCAAUCGCGAACUUCAGUCAACGUCCACCCCGCCUGUAAAUUGUAUGGAUAAUGAUAAUCACUCAAUUUCGGGUCUGGUCGACACUGUAAAUCCUACCGAAAUGCAAGUAGUUUCUGGACAGAUCGGCACAGGUUUCACAAUCGGACAAGAAAACAGCAUACUCGGCCCAAACAAUAUUGAACUUCAGCAACCUUCCUCCACUGGUUUCUCCUCCCAAAUUGGCUGUUCAAGCUUGCCAGACAUUCCUGCGAAUGAGCUAGGAUGGUCGUGGGAUGCGUUCCAUCUGGAUAUCCUCGAUUUUGGCGCCUUGGAAACCCAGGCUUCAUCCGUAGCGCCACUAGAGAGAGACGACAUUUCAGAAGCUGACCACAAUCUUUCCAUGGGCGAGAGCGCAUACAUGCAAUCGUUCCUGCUCUGGACGCCGAAAGAAGGCGAAGAUUGGUUCACUAAAACCGCAGAUCUCUUUCCCGCUUUAGACGAAAUGAUGUCCGCUUGUGUGUCUAAUGAUUUUCAACAGCAUAUUCUUGUGCACCUCGAGCAGUCUACGCGAUAUCGCAUCCUCAGCUCAAUGUUGCCUCUUGCAGACUCUGCAAAUCACCACCGCCUUCUUUCAUCUUUUCCAUCUAUCAGAGUCCUGGAACACCUGCUGUCCAUGGAACUUGCGGAACACAGCCAGGAAGCAGACUCAUGGCUUCAUGUUCCAAGCUUUGACCCGAACACUGCAUCCACGGAAUUAGUCAUUGGCCUUAUCGUUGCCGGUGCUUUCCGGUCCGUCAACGUUGUGUUUCUGAAAUUUGCUCUUGCUUUACACGAGCUUCAUCGAGAGCUGAUCGCUCGUUUGUUUCGUGGUGAUGUCCGCAAUGCUCGAUUGCUUGACCCUUUCCAGUCCUAUGUGCUUUUGAUUCAAGCCGGGCUGUGGAGUGGGGAUAGUCGGCGAAUCGAAAUCAGUGAGAGCCUCUUCAAUAUGCCAUUUAUUAUGUUAAGGAGGGGGGAUUAUCUACGAUUUCCGUAUCCCGAAGGCAUAUCGCCACAGUCGUACGACAACGAUCUUGAUCUGAAAGAGAAAUGGCAUGCCUGGGUUGACUAUGAAUCUAAAAAAAGACUUGUUUUACAUCUGCUCAUACUCAGCACCCAGUACUCCAUGACAUUCCUGGCACCACCCCCACUAACAAACACUGAGAUGCACACUGGCUUGCCAGUAGCGCAAGCAAUUUGGAAUGCGCCCUCAGCUGAGGCGUGGCGGGCAGCCUGGCUCAGCCUUGGUCCCCCACCACAGUUGUCAAUUCGCACUUGUAUCGAAGACCUCAACAAUCUGUCUUCCCUUGGAAACUCUGUGGACACUAGAUACACAGCUCUAGUGGUACUCUGUGGUCUGUGGUCGAAUACAUGGCAGUACAAGGAGCGCCUGAAGGCCCGUGGCAUAACACCAGGUGCCACGCAAAACAAGCAUACAUUCAGCACCCAAGCACUCUAUCAAGAAGCGAAAGAAUCCUUAGAGUCCUUUGCGACCAUACACAUGCAGUGGCUUGGUCCGAUGGACCCUUCCCUUGUCGUUCUACACGAGCGGCAGCUUAUGUACCUUCAUGUCUUUCUCGAAGAUCUGCAAUUGCUUGGCGGAAAGGAUGGUGAGCGCGAAGCACGCCGUGUCUUCCCACGACUCAAAGAGUGGGCUGAAAGUCGAUCUUGCCGACAAGCCAUGUGGCAUGCUGGUCAGAUCUUGCGAGAAGCACGUCGCAAUGGCGAUCCCACCUUAAGAGUGUCCACAGUUCUUGCAAUCUAUCACGCUAGCCUGAUUUUGUGGUCAUACUCAAUAAUUUCUAAGGCACAACUAUCGGAUAACCCUACAGAUUGCAGUUCACAGCUGAAGCAUAGAUCCCAAGAGGCAUUGUCUAAGGAGACAGAGGUAGUAUUAGACGGCGAUCAUACUCCAGUUGUGCAACAAUUUUUAGUGUCGGGGUUUGGAAAGCCCUGCAUUACGCAUGGUCGUCAAGGAACGAACGGCGUGGAGAAUACGACUAUUGAAGUCAUACGUCAGCCUGAGAUUAUGGCUAUUUUCCAGGAUUUAUUAUCUGAGAAGUAUUGGACUGAUUAUCAAGAUUGUCCCAACUUAGUCGGCAACCUGAUGCGUCUUAUUGGGAAGCUCGGCCAAGCUACAGAGUUGGUGCAACGUCGGCAAUUUUAG